UGGUGUCUCUCUGUUCCCAGACCCCCCCCUCAGAGGAGCUGUCGCUCGGCUCCGGUCGGGUCAUGGACACCUGCUGCAGAUGGGACCUGAUGGGAGACUGGAGGGGACGAGGGAGGAGGCGGGGCCAGGGACGCUGUUCAACCUCAUCCCCGUUGGGCUCCGUGUCGUCGCCAUCCAGGGCGCCAGAGCCGGGCGCUAUGUGGCCAUGAAUGGGGCCGGGCUCGUGUACAGCUCCGUGCACUUCACCCCUGAGUGCCGCUUCAAGGAGGGUGUGUUUGACAGUUACCAUGUGCUCUAUGCCUCAGCCCUGUACAGGCAGCGCCGCUCGGGCCGCGCAUGGUACCUGGGGCUGGACAGGCAGGGCCGCCCCAUGGCCGGGCCCCGCGUGCGCAAGGACAAGGCGGCCGCGCACUUCCUGCCCCAGCUUAUGGAGGUUGCUCUCUAUCGGGAGCCAUCUUUGCACGAGGUCGAAGAGCCCCCAGGGACCCCCCCCGAGGCCUCGAAGCCGACCUCUGACCUCUGACCUCCAUCACGUGACCUCGGACCCCUGAACUGUGACCUCCGUGCUCAUCACAUGACCUCUGACCCCCAUAAUGUGACCUCUGACCCCCAAACUGUGACCUCCGUGCUCAUCA